AAAGUCAAACAGUUCAUAGGGGUUGGCGAAAAUGUUCGGACGUAAAAUAAUCGGUUGCUUUAUUAUUUUCAUAAAUUUCUCUUGUAAUUUUUUGAUUGGUAUUUCCGAGGAAACCGAUUUAUCACAUGUAGUUGAAAAUGUGCAACUUCGUCAGAAGAUUUUAAGUGAUUUGGGUGAAAUGAAGAGUUUGAUGGAGAAUAUAAAUCGGAGAUUCCUGGAACGCAACAUUAAUGGCACUGAUACUGAAAUGUCUGUAUUUGAUAUAAGAUUUGAUCCUAUACCAGAGAAGUGUAAAACCAAGGACCUCCCCAUUAAUUGUGACCAGGCCACGGCAUGCAUAAAACGCAAUGGCAUUUACAAAAUUCUUGUAGAAAAAUACAGCAAGGAACCUUUCCUAGUUGAGUGUGAUGCGAAAACUCUAAAUGGUGGUUGGCUCCUCAUCCAGAGACGUCAUGAUGGCUCCGAAAAUUUCUAUCGUGACUGGAUUUAUUACAAAGAUGGUUUUGGCAACAUUCAAAGUGAAUUCUUUAUUGGUUUGGAUAAGCUACAUGCUCUUACCAACUAUUUGGGUCCUCAAGAGCUGUUGGUAGUCAUCGAAGAGGUGGGUGUUUACAAAUAUGCCCGCUACAGUUCAUUUGCCAUAGGCGAUGAGGAGAAGCUAUACAUCUUGAAGUCUUUGGGAAAGUAUUCUGGCACUGCAGGCGAUUCAUUGCAAGCACAUAUUAAUAUGGAAUUCACCUCCAGGGAUCGUGAUCAUGAUAAGGAUGUUAGUAAUUGUGCUCAAAGAUAUACGGGAGCGUGGUGGUAUAAUAAGUGUCACUUGAGCAAUUUAAAUGGAAAGUAUGGCGAUAAUACCUUCGGCAAGGGUAUCAACUGGCACACUUAUAAGGGCUCCAAUCAUUCCAUUACAAAUGUCAAAAUGAUGAUAAGACGUCGCAGAGAAUAAACUUGGCACUUGACAAAAGCAACUAAGGGGUUAAACUGGCUGCAGCGAGAUAAGUCGUAUUUAUUCAAAAAUUCUAAGUAUUUUCAUUAUCUUAAAAUGUGUUGAAAAUUAUUAAUUAAACAAUUAUUUAGAGAAGUUUGCAUCUAUGCUAAUAAAACUUGCAUAAUGAAAAAUA